AUGGGAUCCGCUUCUGAUUUGAAAUACAAGGCCUUUUCAUGGUACAGGUUGGCAAGCUAUGAUCUCUUGUUGUGGGCAUUAUCAAUCGUUUUUGAUUGCUUCUUCAGAGAGAUCCGACCGCGCGGGGCCUUCAAGAUCCCGAGAGAAGGACCAGUCAUUUUCGUUGGAGCGCCCCAUCACAAUCAAUUCGUUGAUCCGAUCUUAUUGCAAAACCAAGUCAAACGCGAGGCAAACAGAAGAAUCUCGUUUUUGAUAGCGGCAAAGUCGUACCAAUUGAAGGUUGUUGGAGCAAUGGCCAAGUGCCAAUUGAGCAUCCCCGUGGUGCGGCCCCAGGACAACUUGACCAAGGCCACGGGGAAAAUCUAUAUCGACCCGCAGGACCAAUUCAGAAUCCUUGGGAAAGGAACCAAAUUCACCGAGGAGUGUAUGGUGAGGGGCCUAAUUGCAUUGCCCCAGUCGCUUGGCGCAACUGAAGUAGCGGAAAUCGUCUCCGAUACUGAAUUGAUGGUGCGCAAAGAAUUUAAGCAGACGCAGCAAAUCAGAGAGUUGUUGACAGCUGGAACCUCGUUCAAGAGAGCAGACAAGAUUGACCAGAAGCAGGUCUACAAGAUGGUGUUUGACCAUUUGCUGGACGGCAACUGUUUAGGGAUAUUCCCCGAAGGCGGCUCCCAUGACCGGCCGGACUUGUUGCCUUUGAAAGCAGGAGUUGCCGUGAUGGCGUUGGGCGCCAUGGAAAACAACCCCGAGUGCGAUGUCAAAAUCGUCCCCUGUGGGAUGAACUACUUUAGCGCGCACAAGUUUCGGUCGAGAGCAGUUAUCGAAUUUGGCGACCCCAUCACUAUUCAGCAAGAGUUGGUGAAAAAAUACGCCAAUCCAGAGACGAGCAAGGAAGCCGUUAGGGAGUUGUUGGAUUUGAUCAGCACGGGUUUGAAAGCCGUCACUGUUACGUGCGAGGAUUUCGAAACCUUGAUGCUCAUUCAAGCAGCGCGUAGGUUAUACGCGGGGAACUUUGCGCAGCAACUUCCCUUGCCCUUGAUAGUGGAGAUGAACCGAAGAUUGGUUGUCGGGUACCAGCACUACAAGGAUAAACCGGUCAUACAAGAAUUGAAAAAACAAGUAGUGGAGUACAAUGACAUGUUGAAGAGUUUGCAUUUGCCCGACCACCAUGUGGAAAGUUGCCGCGAAGAAGUCAACAAACUACAGCUAGUUCCAAUCUUGAUCUACAGAGUUGUCAAACUCAUCUUUCUAUUCAUUUUGGCCCUUCCCGGUGCGAGUCUUUUUGCUCCCGUCUUCAUCUCCUCCAACUAUAUCUCGAAACAGAAGCAAAAGGAAGCAUUGGCCAACUCCGUUGUUAAGAUCGAGGCCAACGAUGUAAUUGCCACUUGGAAAAUCUUGGUUGCCAUGGUGAUUGCACCGGUUGUCUAUUCCUUCUAUGCCACCAUUGGAACCUACUACUGCUACACACGAGGAAUCUUGACAUCAUUCAAGUUGCUCUGGUUGUGGUGUUUCUUGUACAUUCUUGGUGUUCUUGUCACCUACAGCGCAUUGCUCACUGGAGAACAAGGCGUUGAUCUAUUCAAGUCCAUAAGACCGUUGUACCUUUCGAUCAAAUCAGGGUCCUCAAUUCGGCUGUUGAAGAAGAUGCGAAACGAGUUGAGCGAAGAAAUCACUGAAGUCGUCAACACGUUCGGUCCAGAAUUGUACCCCAGAGACUUUAACUUGCUAGAGUUGAAGCACUCUUUGAAUAUAACGGAUGAGGUCAACUACGUUGCCUCGGACGAGGAAGAAGACCGCAAAACGGAAGAACUCAAAAACAGAAGACAACUUCGGAGAAAAGCUGAAAGAAGAAGCAAGAGAUCCAAGUCACGAGAUUUCGAUAACGGCAGCCUUUCAAACUCUUCGUCGAUGUCGGAUGGGAUGUCCUUGCUUGCCGAUCCGAGAUCGUACACAAACUUGGCCAUUUUCAGCGACUACAACUUGUUCAAAAACACUCACAAUAAGAACUUGAGGUUGGAACCGCAGUCAAAGUUUACCUCGAGUGUUUCUUUGAACCUGAAGUUCCCAUCUAGUGCCUCUUUGAAUCUGAACCCUGGACAGCAGCAGGACUAUGUUCGAUCGCCGUUGGGUGGCGUUGGCGGUAAUGGUGCCGAUGCCGGUGGUCGUCCUUCGCUCUCAAAAUCUCCUUCGGAGGAGCAAAUCGAGUUGAACUUUGACGUUCGUGCGCCUUUGAAAAAUAAAAUCAGAGACAUGAUGCGGAAGAAUAGGAACCAGUGA